CUUUCCUUAAUUAUGUAUGAGUAGUUACUUUCUUAAAUAUAGGGCUUAUUAAGGUUUUUAUGAAUUACUGAAACAUAGAACUGUCAGGGUGAUUUAAUAGGAUCCUUUACAGAAUUGAGCUAACUGCUUGUGUUCUAGAGUACCUAACUUGAACCAUGAACUUAGGAUAUUGACAAUUGUAAAAGUUGAUUCAUACCUGAUAAUAAUUAUGCUGAGCUAGGUUCUUAGAUACAUGCGAGAGCUGGUUUAGACAUCUAGUGAUCAUAUCGAUUAGGUCGUUAAUGCUUGUCUGUCUAAGCAAGCAUCGAUCGACACUCUGUAGUAUCAAUCGACACUCUAUAGUAUCAAUCGACGCUCAUUCCUUGUUCGCAUGCAGAGCUGGAACAAAGACUUAGCCAUCUGAUUAGACUCAUAGCGAGAGUUGGAUAUCUUAUUAUUGCAUUCGAGUUCUAGGACGGUUUAUCACACACCCUUAGCAUCUAAACAUCAUAAUUUUGACUGCAUAAAAUCCUAAGUUUAAAUAUUUUAUGUUAUAUUCUCACAACCAACUUGUUUACUGGUUACUGCUUUAUUAUUAUUUUCCUAGUUUAAUCUUAAUAUAUCUAAAUUAUAUUAUGUGUAUGCUCCCCGUGGAUUUUAUCCCUAAGUACUACAACUGAACCUCUUAUUGGAGAGAUAAAGUUGUUCAAGGGUAAUUUGAGUGAUAUCAUAUUCCAUAAGAGAGAUUGAAGAAUAUAUGUUUCUUGGGAAGUUAGCUAAAGUUAGCCACAUAAUAUAAUAGUAUAAAUAGAGAAAGACGUGCCUUGGGUUACACACCACCUCAGAAGAAAGGUCGUAAGCAUAAGGGUUUUGGUGUCUGAUGAGAGUCGACACAAAACAUAAGGGCUAGAGGUCAUGAGGGGUUGUUGGGUCAAGGAAAGAUCAAGAAGAAACGUGUUAGGCUAGUAUAUUUGUCUGAGUGUGAGAAGUUAGUCAACUCGGAAGAUAGUUAGUAAGACAUUUUCUUGUAAAUAGAAAUUCUCACUAUUGCUUCUGCUGUAGUACUUUGUGAAAUAAAUAAAGCAUUGUACUUGUGUAUAUUACUCUCUGUAUCAGACCAUCUUGUACUUUCAAUUGGUAUCAGAGCGGAUCACCUAAGUCACUGGUGGAGAUCCUAAAGGCAAGAGGGAAGACAGAGUACAACAGGAAGCAUGGUGGUUGAGUUGAAGUAGUUAGUGUAUGUGUGAUGUAUUCUAAAACUCAAUCAUCAAGGGGGAGAAUGUUAAUGCAAUAACGACUGAGUUUUAGAAGCUAAAGACAACAAAUCCUCAAGGGUUCUUGUACAAGUCGUGAAGCACUACAUGAAGCAGUACAAGAAGUGAUACAUGAAUCGAAGCUGUGUAGCAUACUUGAAGACUGGACUUGGAGCCCACUUAGAGCUGAACUAAAGGAUACUUAGAGGUUAAGCAAGCUAUGAUUUACCUUGGAGAAAUUUCCAAAAGGUUUUGAACAAGAUUUGGAAAUAUUUCAUAAUGGAGAUUUGGGAAUAUCUGUUUCUUUAGAAGUUGGCUAAGGUUAGCAAAAAAUCUACUAGUAUAAGUAGAGAAAGAUGUUCCUUGGGUUAGGCACCACCUGAGAAAAUAAGCCGUAAGCAUAAAAUUUUUGGUGUUGAAUGAGAAUAGACAAAAAGCAUAAUGGCUAAGGGUCAUUAUGGGGUCAUGAGGGGUUCUUGGGUCAAGAAUAGAUCUAGGAACGUGUUAGGCUAAUGUCAUCGUCUGAAUACGACAUGUUAAUAUAAGAAAUUUUUUUUGUAAAGAGAAACUGUCAUUAUUGUUUAUGCGGUAAUACUUUGUAAAAUAAAUAAACAUUGUACUUGUCUGUAUUACUCUCUAUCAUUCUUGCACUUUGAGAAUCUAAUCACCUCCGAAACAAGGUUAUCCGUUUCCUGAUUUCCGAUUUCAAAUUCUUUCAAACAACAAUCUUUUUUUUUCUUUGUCAAACAAACAACAAUCUUUAAAGUUCCCAAAUUAGAAAGAGAUUGAAAGAGUACCUACUUCCUUUGACAUAUCAAAUUGAGAAAGAGCAUCUUCUUCCUCAGCCGUUCUGAAACAAAAUUUAAAUAUAUAAAAGCGGGAAAUUUUCAAUGUGUUCAUUUAGAUAAGAGAUUAAAUCACCUGAAGAAAUUGGGAGAGUGAACAGAUCAGAGACGAAUAAAGCCUUAUAAAAACCUUAAUUUAAUAUGGGUAAAUCAUUUGGCGGGAGAAGAAAAGGUAUAACGCGAAACAGUCUCUCUGAUUGAGUAAGAGGGAAUUAGGAGUGUGGACAAGUGUGAUUCGCACGAUCUAAGCCAAUGAGAACAUAAGAUACGUGUGGAUUCACAGAUCAGACGGUUGGGAUUUCGUUAUUAUCAGUAAUUAAGGGUUUCCACUAUCCUUGGCUUAUUCUCAGCCGUCGAUUUUGCUUUCUCUUGUCUGAAACCUAACCGCCAAAUUUCUUUUAUAAUCGUAACAUAGUUUUUUUUCUUAUGGAGAAGGAGAGAGAGAAGCAAGUGUACUUGGCUAAACUCAAUGAACAAGCCGAGAGAAACGAUGAGAUGAUUGAACCAAUGAAGAAAGUUAAAGCUCUCAAUGUGGAACUCACAAUCCCUGAGAGGAACCUGUUAUCUGUUGGAUACAAGAAUGUGAUUGGUGCUAGGAGAGCGUCGUGGAGAAUCCUCUCUUCGAUUGAGCAGAAAGAAGAAUCCAGAGGACAUGAAGAGAACGCAAAGAGGGUCAAAGAUUACAGGCCUAAAGUUGAAGAUGAGCUCUCCAAGAUCUGCUAUGACAUUUUGGCCGUCGUUGAUAAGCAUCUUGUCCCAUCGGCAACUUCAGGAGAAUAUACUGUUUUCUACUACAAGAUGAAAGGAGACUAUUUCAGAUACUUGGCAGAGUUUAAGUUUGAUUCUGAUCGUGAUGAAGCUGUUAAACAAUCACUCAAAGCUUAUGAGGCCUCAACGACCACAGCUACCUCUGAAUUGGGUCCUACUCAUCCGAUCAGACUGGGCUUGGCUCUGAACUUCUCUGUCUUCUACUACGAGAUCAUGAACUCUCUAGAACGAGCGUGUCAUUUGGCGAAGCAAGCGUUUGUUGAAGCCAUUGCUGAGUUAGAUAGUCUUAAUGAAGACUCUUACAAAGACAACACACUUAUCAUGCAGCUCCUCAGAGACAACCUCACCUUAUGGACCUCUGAUCUAGAGGAAGGAGGUAAUAAAAACAAUAACACGAGACAUAACCACUUCUGUAAACUGUAUUGUGUAACUUGCAUUGAAUGAAUUUAUACACCUUUUUAUCUUGCAGGUGAACAAUCUAAAGAGGACAAUUCGCAAGAUGAGGUAAGCAAAUCUAUGGAACAACUUUCCACUUUUUCCUAAUAAUUUCCUUCCUCUUCACAUUUUUGUAAACUCUGCAGGACAAAUGAAGCCAUAAACACUCCUUUGGCAAGGUUUACACUUCUCUUCUCGGUAGUUCUUCAGUUGGCGAAGGAUUACCUGAAACCACUAUCUCUGUCAUUUGUUGCUCUCUUUUCUUUUGGGAUUUUUUCUAACACAUUGAAAUGAAACUUAUGUGUCGUCACUUAUUAUUUUCUUGACAUUGAAACCUCUCUACACUGACGUCUACCAAUUGAUUUGUCCUUUACUGAGAAAUAAUUGAAACAUUAAAAUUGAUUUAUACUGUUAAGGCAUUAGACUAGGUUUGAGUUCGAUCUUUAUCAAGUUUCCUAAGCGUUAGUUAUGUUUGAUAGCGUAGCUCCUUAACUAGUGACUGUUUACGAAUCGAAUCCAAACGCAAACAACACAGACAAUUUGUUUACCCAGUCUUCGGUUCCUACUGAGUAGGGAGAGAACAAAACUCUCAUGCACUUCACUAUUGAUCGGAUUGAUACUACAGCAAUGAUCUCACUCGAUCUAUCUUUCAAGUGCAGGUAUUACAGAAGGAUUUACCGAGAACUGUUCGGAGAAGAGUAUCAAAGUGACUGCGAAGAAGAUGACUCACUAUCAGCCUCCGAUUCCUCUGAUGACAAAGAGGACACGCAGAAUGAUCCGGAGAAAGCUCCUUGAUCUCAAGAGAUAUGAUCAACUACUGGAUCUCUCUAUUCUCGAUCAAGCUUUCUCCUCCGCUCUGAUACUUUCUCGCUUUCUCUCUUUUGUAACUCUCUCUCUCUGUAUUCGCUUCACUCUGUUUCUUGAGGAAGACGAUGUCCACUUUUGUAACCGUCACCUUAUCCUCGUCAGCUCGAUGAUAUUGAGCUGAAUCUUAAUGAGCUUUUAUGCAGCCCAUCCCAUUUACCAUCUUGUUAUGAUUACUCCAUAAGCCCAACUCAAAGCCCAGACCUUAAAACGACAACACCUCACAAAUCUCCACCUUUGUCGAAUUAGGUCAGUUUCAAACCGAAGAACUUCCGCCGAAAUGCACUUCAGCUUCCUAGACUUGCAACCAUGCCUCCAUCUCCCCAAACCAGUCACUCUGGUUCAAAUAGCUAUCCCAAAACAAAUGAAAACCCCUUUCUGAUUCCUCAGGAACCUGUAAACAGCCCUGACCCGCUGUUUUACAAUCCUGAACUCGUAAGAUCUCCUACUCUCACCUUUCCAGCUGAUUUCAGAAUACCAGACUCUGCCUCUGUUCCAGUACCGCCAGAUCCCAAACCUAUCCUGACUCAAAAUCCAACUGAAUCCACUGAAGUUCACCCACGCAGACUUUCCAACCUUGAAUAGUGUAAGUACUUUUCACUUCUUCAAGAACAUACAAUUACCUCGCAAAACAAUCCAGAUUCACUAAGUUUACCCUUUUCAAUCAACCAGCAUCUGAACCUGUUUAGCAAGACUCUAGUAACCCUUGCGUAAGAAUCUCAGUUACUCUUCAAACUUCCCAUUAGUUAACUCCGUUGUUUGACCAAGAACAAACCUCUAACUCAAUUUGCUCUCUGAUGUAACAUGUGCUCCUUGUUGAGAUGACCAAACAACAGUGCCAUCUCGGAGUACUUGUCAAAUCACUUAGGCAAUGAUCCCCAGCGUUACGGGGCACUUCUCGAAUGCACUUCCAGGUAACGUCUUUGUUAACAUAUCUUCCGGAUUUAGACUAGUAUGUAUCUUUAGGACCUUCACUAGACACAUCUCAAUGAUAUCCCUGAUGAAAUCAAUUUUCCUGGCAAUGUGUUUCUGGUACUGCCCUGGAUAGGCUGUAACUCCCUGGAUCUUUUGAAGGGGGCGUGGGUGGAUGAUAAAUGACGAUGACGGUCUUCUCCUUCAAGCUGUGGAAGGCUAUAAGGAUGUUUUGCUGCUCCUGAGACACAGGAUCACCCUGCUUGGUGUCUAGGAUGGGUCACAGAAGAUCACUCUUCUUAUUGUGAUAAAAGUUGUUCACACAUGAACAAGAUAGAGAAGUCUCCUCAGAGACGAUUGCUUGAGCCAAAGCUUACUUUUAUUGAAUAAUGGUUCAAUAAUUACAUGGAGGCUCGUGGUUACAUAUAAAACAAAGAAGAAAACGAAAUCUUAAACUAAAAUAAACCCUAAACCAAAACCAAGUCUGUUUAUGAAAAACCAUAUCCUAAUCCUAUUGCUAAUUGGUUUAAUAUAACCAAACUUAAUCCUAAUUGGUUUAAACUUAAUAAAACAAUAAAUAAAAUGAAACUAAACCAUCUUGUUCGUGCAUAAUCUUUUUGGGCCAAUCAUAAUCCAAGCUGGCUUGUCUUUCCACUUUUUGGGCCGAUAAAGGCCUUUUUCAAACAACUCUUGCUUGGGCUCGAUCCAUCUUGUUCCUGGUCCGACCAAGUACCUCCAUAAGCUCAUUUUAUUGAUAAAGAUGCUCCUGAUUUUCCAUUUCCAGCUCAGGUUCUUCAUCUUCCAUUUCCAACUCAUUUCUCGCCCAUUUCGGUUUGAACAGUCCAUUUCUCGAUCAUACCGAUCACCCAUUUCAUUUCCUGUCCAACCAGCUUCAUCCCAUCCAUUUCCUGGUCAGUCAGAUUGAAUACUAAUCGUCCAUGAUGGCCAAUAGUCAUUCCUAUCUUUAUAAAGGCCUCAUUAAGGCCCAUAGCCUUCUCCAGGUCCAAUACCUCAUGAAUAAGGCCAACAAGCUCUCCACUAAGCCAAUUAGGUUGUGUUGUGACCCCUUGUCUUUCUGGUACAUGUAUGGACGUCCAAGAAUUGAGUUUGAAACUGAUACAGGUCGCACCAUUCCCUCUUCCUUUAAAAGGAUUUGUCCUCAAAUCCAAGCCUUGUAAGAUAACAUAACCUUGAUCAAUCAACUCCAAACUCCUUGCUCUUUUAACAACGAGUUUGUUCCUUUCUUUGCACACAAACAUAUCUUCCCCUGGCUUGAAACAUAGUGUUGCAAGCCCUUCUCAUGCCUUAGAUGUAUCUCAUUGCAAACAGCACUUAGAGAAAGCAAUUUUUGUUCCUUGUUUAUUUCAGAUCCGAUUGCUUUUGAUUGAGCUUCUCUACACUGAUACCAAACACAAGCCUUGAUCAUUGAAUUCCUGGCACGUGAUCUCAACUUAUAGUCAGCAGAAACUACCAUUGGCUCUUGCUGUUUAUGCAAGGACCCUUCAAAAUCAAGCUUCAAUGUUGUCGCUAUUUUGACAAGGGUGUUCUUGAUGCUUUUGUGCACACUCAAGCUCCCUCCAGGUUCAAAUACAAA